ACUGUAAGCGCUGUCUUUUGACCUCACGUCUCGUUUUGAGGGGAGCUAUAGCAGCAAGGCUCAGUGAGCGGGACCAUCAAACUCAUAACCCCCAACCAACGUCCAUCAACUCCGUGUCUUCCGUAACGUCCUCAUUGACAACGAGUCUAUUUCAACGUCGCAUUUCAGCACCUUAUACACCUCAUGGCGACCCGACGCAUCGUGGCCUCGGAGAAGACCAUCCUCGAGAAGGAUGAUGUGGUUGGUUCGAGUCCCGCUGCUGGCGACAAGUCCAACAUCACUCCAGCUGUACCAAUGGACGUCAUCUUGAAGCUUCUUGGAUUCACGCUGGCCAUGAUUGUAUUGCCCAUCGGCACCUACUUUGCCACGGUCGACUUCCUUUUCAAGGGCAAUUCGACAUUUGCUGGCGCUCUUGCUGCUGUAAUGGCCAACGUGGUAUUGAUCAGUUAUGUUAUCGUUGCCAUGAAGGAGGAUCAGAGCGACCAGCUGGAAGCGAAGAAGCAAGGAAAGAAAGACCGUUAAGAGUUGGGAUGGGCAGUUAAUCGAUACCUUGGUGCCUGUGAUGGCAGCCUGGAAUGCAUUUCACAGUUUCCGUAGGAAUGAAAGUCGUGUCAUACAUCCCUCUCAUCAGAUGUGUUACGCCGUUGAUGGCAACUUUAUCUGUAUUCAGAUUGUAUUUCAUUGACUUGGUCUUUUUCUAAGACCUGACUUAUAUGGAAGCCACGUCAGCAUUAUAACGAAGCCCUAUUAAAAUUUCCAACGCCUGAACCGCCAAGUCAUCCCCAAGCAUUGUGAAACAUUGUCAAGUCACCAUCAAGCCUCUAUGGCUGCCGCCUUU